GUGCCCUUGGCUGGUUUGGCGCGGCAACAAACCAACUGGCAAGUGGACCACGACGGCCAUGGUGCACGGGAGCAGCAGCGGCAGCAAGAAGAAGACAAAGAAGGCUGCGAAGCGGAAGCCCGUGAAUCUCCAGCCGCAGUACCUGAGUAAGUUUCCUAAACUCGACCACGACCACGACGACCCCGACGACGGAGGUGUCGAUGUCCACGAGCACGUCUCUCACGACAUGUAUCCUUCGAACCACGCAGAGUACGCCCAGGGCGAUUUCCACAUGCAUAGUACGUGCAGCGAUGGCAAAUUUCGACCGGCGGAAGUUGUUGCCAAGGCGGCCGCGAACGGCGUCAUGUUCCUGUCGCUGACCGAUCAUGACACGAUGGCCGGUGUCACGGAAGCCAUGGAGGCCGGUCGGUCGCUGGGGGUGUUUGUACUUCCUGGCGUCGAGAUCAGCGCCGAGGAAAAAGGCGCCGAGAAUCUGCAUAUUCUGGGGUAUUUUUGCCCAGGAACGGACUCGGUCGAGAUUGAAGCAAAGCUUCUGGCAAUUCGACAAGCCAGACACAAGCGCGGCAAAGAGAUGCUGCGGAAGCUGGCAGACAUGGGGAUUCAACUGAACUGGGAGCGGGUGUUGCAGAUCGCCGGCGAAGCAGCGCCCGGCCGACCUCACGUGGCAGAGGCGCUGGUCGAAGGCGGACACGUGAGCACGUUUCGAGAAGCGUUUUCGAGGUACUUGAGCAACGACGGGCCAGCGUAUGCCGAGGGAGAGCACUUCCCCCCACAAGAUGCGAUUCGCAUGAUUGAAAACGCCGGUGGUGUGUCAGUGCUCGCGCAUCCAUGGUGCUGCAAGGACCCCCUGACGCUCGUCCCGACGCUGGCAGCAGCGGGCAUUCAUGGUGUCGAGGUGUAUCAUGACUCGGGCAAAAUCGACUUGUACGGGAGCCUCGCGACCGAGUCGAAUCUGCUCAAGCUGGGCGGAUCCGAUUUUCACGGGAUCGACUCCAUGACGGAGCAUGCCCCUGGCGACAUCCCGCUGCCUCGGAAGCACAUUGAUCUCUUCCUGGACAUGUGCAAGGUCAAAUGGACAGUGCCGCUCUUGGCCAAGGUCAACCAAAUGUGCUCGAGCGCGAACGAUGUCGAAAGAACGACCAUCUGGACUGCCAUGCUUGGCAUCGUGCAAGACACAGUCGCAGCAGCAUACAGCAAUGCCGUCACGUUGACGCAUGUGGUGGAUGGCCACUACACAGACAUCGAGAUUGUCAAGGUCGCUGCACCUGCUGCCGUCGACUCAUUAGGAUAGAACGUUGCGAUGGCGCACCCUCAUUGUAAGGAGAUGAAGCCCACCUUGUGGGUCCCGCCCUCGACGACAUUGAGAAACGUGGCAUGGGC